AUCCUUCCACUUCAAAACAACUCAAAAGUAUUAAAGAAAACACCAAUAAAAAAAAAACAGAACAAAGAAAUUAGUAGUAGAGCUUAGUAUCAAAAUGAAAGCGAGAUCAAGCAAAGGAGGUUUGGUUGCAAUAUUGGCUCUAGUUGUUUAUUGCUUCUUCGAGAAUAUGGAUGGGAACUCGAUCGAUGUUCCAUCUUAUGAACCUGUUGGAAGUUAUUCCACUGGAGGUUUCUUUGCUGUCGAAAACAAAGACAAGAUGCUAAAAUCAUUCCCAUCUUAUAAUGAAUAUCUCAAAAGAUUCAAUCUAGCCUCAGUGGAAAUUUGGCAAACGGUGAGACGCAAGUGUAGAGAUAGUUUCAUCUCCUUGAGCAUAAAAUCAUUGCAUUUUUUCGUCUCAAAGUUUACGCAGUUCAGAUAUUCAAUAUCAACCGUAGCUCCAACCAGUCGCUCGUGGACUUCUCGAAUUAUUUUCUGGGUAACAUUGACUCGAUCAGUCUCGUCCAUGGCCAAUGAUACAACUCUAUGAAUAGUUUUGUUUUUUCAUCUUAAUAAAUAAGGUGUGGUUACGUUGUCUGAUAUGUACAACGUUGUAAGGUGACACUAGAGAGAUAUGUGCUUAUAAGGAUAGCAGAAGAAAUAAAUAGAAACAAAGUUAAAUUUUCGAUGGUUGUUGUAAGGAAACAAAGUUAAAAUUUUCGGUUGAUUGGAACUAUACCAGUUAAAUUAUGGACUAGGAGAAAGAGAAAGUGCCCAGAAAUAAUUUGGUAUAAUUGUGAAUUAAAUUAUGCGUAG